AUCUCUGCCACUUCUUUCUAGAUGUCAUCCUGAGGUGCAACGUUGGUCUUCAUAAUCAUACUAUUAUUCUGCAGCUUCUUUCUUGAUCUGGAGGUUUGCAGGUUUUGGAUACGGAUAUGGAUUCUUCUUCUUCUUCUUCUGUUCCUUUUUCUGCUCCUCUUCAAGAAAAGUACGAUGUGUUUCUUAGUUUCAGAGGUGAAGACACACGCGAUACUUUUACCAGCCAUCUUCACAAGGAUUUACUUCGGAAGAACAUUGACACCUACAUAGAUCGCAGGCUCGAGAGAGGAGAUGAAAUUGCUCCUGCCCUUCUAAAAGCAAUCGAGAGAUCGAAAAUUGCACUAGUAAUUUUCUCAAAAGACUAUGCUUCUUCCACAUGGUGUUUGAAAGAACUUGUGCAUAUACUUGGAUGCAAGAAAAGCCAUGGACAGAUUGUUAUACCCAUUUUUUAUCGCAUAGAUCCAUCACAUGUACGAAAACAGCGGGGAACUUGUGCACUUGAAGAUCGUCCACUUAAGCGCAGUAGGGAUGAGGUGGCCAACUGGAGGGCUGCUUUGGAGGAAGCAGCCAAUAUGUCUGGGUUUCAUUAUUCCAGCAAAACAGGAAGGACAGAGGCCGAUUUUGUUGAGGAAGUUGUCCAAGAUGUUUUGACCAAAUUGAAUCGGGAAUCAUCAAGUGAUUUGAGGGGCCUGUUUGGAAUUCAAAGGAAAAUUGAGAAAAUUGAGUCGUUAUUAUGCUUGGAUUCACCAGGUGUUUGCUGUGUAGGUAUUUGGGGCAUGGGUGGUAUUGGCAAGACUACCCUUGCUGAUGCUGUAUUUCACAGGCAGUGGCAGUCCUCAAAAUUUGAAGCUGCUUGUUUUCUCGCAAAUGUCAGGGAGAAAUCCGAAAAAACGGAUGGACUAAAUGAGUUGCGAAAUACACUUGUUCGUGAAUUAUUGAAGGAUAAAGAUGUAAAUAUCAACACUCCGUCUAUUCCACCUCAUAUUCAAGAUAGGCUCAGGCGUACAAAGGCGUUCAUUGUUCUUGAUGACGUGAAUGCUCGAGAACACCUAGACGUUCUUGUUGGUGAUGAUGAUCGGUUUUGCCAAGGAAGUCGAAUCAUGGUAACUGCUAGAGAUAAAGGCCUGCUUGAGCAAAAAAUUGACCAUGAAAAGAUAUACAAUGUUGAGGGAUUAGGUUCUGAUGAAGCUCUUGAGCUCUUUCACUCGCAUGCUUUUGGAAAUAAGUCCCCAACAACAGAUUACACCGAGUUGUCAAGAGAGGUGGUGGAUUAUAUUAAGGGCAUUCCAUUAGCUCUUAAAGUUAUGGGGUCCUCAUUCCGUCGUUGCAAGAGCAAACAAGAGUGGGAAGUUCAAUGGAAAAAAGUGAAACGAGUUCCAAUCGGAGAAAUCCAGAAAGUGUUGAGAGUAAGUUACGAUGGAUUAGAUGACAAUGAGAAGGAGAUAUUUCUUGAUAUAGCAUGUUUUUGUAAAGGCUAUUUGAGGAAAAGUGUAGAAAAAAUGUUAGAUAGUUGUUAUUUCUUUUUGGAAGCAGGAAUCAAUGAUCUUAUUGAUAGGUCUCUCAUAUCAAUUUCACAAGAUAUGAGCUUAAAAAAAGCGAAAGAGAAAUACUCAGGAGAACGGAUAGUAGAGAUGCAGUCAGUAGAACGGAUAGAGAUGCAUGAUUUGGUGCAGGAAAUGGGUAGGGCAAUUGCUCGAAAACAAGGCAGUAGGUUGUUCAAUGCAAAUGACGUCUAUCAAGCGUUGACAAAUAACCAGAGAGAUGGACAUGUUCAAGCCAUAUCCUUUGACUCGAGUAAGAUUGAAAAGCCACACUUGAAAGAUGCAAACUUCAAAAAGAUGUAUCAACUCAGAUGGCUACGUGUUAGUUAUUCUAUUCUUUUUAGAGGUUCUCUUCAUCUUCCCAGUUCUCUUAGAUAUCUUUACUGGGAGGGAUAUCCUUUGGAAUCUUUGCCAUCAAAAUUUUCUGCUCAAAAUCUUCUUGUCCUUUAUACGCCGUACAGCAAAUUUGGGGUGCAACUUUGGAAUGAAGACAAGAUUCCAGUGAACUUAAAACGUAUCAAUCUUCUUUCCUGCCAGUAUCUAACUGAAGUCCCAAAUCUCUCUCAGUGUCUAAAUAUUGAGCAUAUAAAUCUGGGAAGCUGUGAAAGUUUGGUUGAAAUUCCUUCGUAUUUUCAACAUCUUGGCAAGCUUACUUAUCUUGACCUUUCGAUGUGCUACAAGCUCAAAAAUCUUCCCGAGAUGCCAUGCAAUCUUGAAUUCUUAGAUUUGUCUUGGACAGCAAUAGAGGAAUUGGCUUCAUCAGUUUGGUCUCACGAAAAAAUAUCUCGCUUAGAUAUUAGAUAUUGUGAACACCUUAAGAGUCUUCCAAGCAACACUUGUAAACUGAAACUCUCGAGUUCUUUUAGUCUAAAGGGCUGCAAAUCUCUUUGCGAGUUUUGGGAACUUCCCAGGGAUACAACAGUGCUAGAGUUUAGUAGUACAACAAUAAAAGAAUUGAGGAAUGAAUCAAUAGAGUCUGUUAUUGGUCCCACUGCAAUUAAACUGACCAAUUGCAAAAGCCUUGUGAGUCUCCCAAUGAACAUUUGGAAGUUGAAAUAUCUGGAGAGCCUUAAGCUCAGUGGUUGCUCUAACUUUCAACACUUCCCAGAAAUCUCAGAGGCUAUGGAACAUCUGGAGUUUCUAAAUUUAUCAGGUACAAUGGUUAAAGAGGUACCCAAAUCAAUUGAAAAUCUAGUUGCGCUUCGAAAAUUACACAUGGUUGAGUGCAGUAUACAAGAAAUCCCUGAUGACCUUUUUUGCUUAAGCUCAUUACAAGAGUUAAAUCUAAGUUUGACCGAAAUUAAGAGCAUACCUGCAAGCGUCAAACAAGCUGCUCAACUAUCUCGCUUGUGCCUCAACGGUUGUGAGAGCCUUGAAUCUUUACCAGAGCUCCCCCCAUUAUUGCAAUGUCUUGAAGCAGAAGAUUGCGUGUCACUGAGGACAGUGUCAAGUUCAAGCACUGCACUCGCACAAGGUUGGGAAAAAUAUAUAUUUUCUCAAGGGCUUCAUGAGCAACAUGUAUUUUCUGAUUGCAGAAGAUUGGAUGAGAAUGCACGAAGCAACAUAUUGGGUGAUGCACAGCUCAGAAUUAUGCGAAUGGCAACUGCGUCAUCGAAGUUUAAAGAAGACGAAAUUGAGGAAUCUUUACGCAAGAGAUCUUUUGUUGCCAUUAGAUGUUGCGGGAAUGAAAUUCCAAAAUGGUUCAGCCAUAAAAGUGAGGGAUGUUCAAUAAAGAUUGAGCUUCCUCGUGAUUGGUUUAGCACAGAUUUCUUGGGUUUCGCUCUAUCUCUUGUUGUUGACUUUGCUCCACGGGAUAUGGGGCUUUUUUGCAAGUUCAGCUUCAAAACUAGUAAUGGUGAAAGCCAUGAAGUCAUCCAUCAUUUGUCUAGUCUGUACCCGAAAAAUUUCAUUACAAGCGAGUUAUUUUCUUGUGGUGAGGUGUUUGUGUGGUGGCAUGAUAAUUUCUUUGAAGAAGUUGUAGAGGGAGCUCAAAGCCCCACUGCGUUUUACAAACUUGUUACUGAGGUCAAUGUGUACUUCAUCGUAUGGAAUCGUGCUGAGGUGAAAAAGUGUGGGAUAUGUCUGUUGUAUGGCAAAGAUGCUGAGAUGAUAAAGCAGAGGGCUUUGUAGAUCAAGCCGAUAUCCCUAAAUUCAAAAUUUCAGUUUAUUUGAGCUGUUUGCAAGACUUGUGGCUGAGGAUGCUUUUUGAGUUUCUUAGGCUUAGGGAUGUCUUUCUUGUUUUAACCCUUCGUCCUCUCCAUCGCCAAGCUUUUUGUCUGAGGAUGCUUUUGAGUUUAGUUUCUCACGGUCAUGCCCCAUGUAAUUUUCUUCAUUGAAUUCAAGUAUUAAAUUGUUAAAAGUUAACAGUAUUAAAUUUUGCAUCAAUUGGAUUUCUGCUUCAA